AUGCCUGUGGAUCGCAUCGGAAUGUCGCAUCGGAUCGCCAUCGGAGCACAUCGGAUUCGAGCUAUUGCGGUUUCUGCAUCGCGGAUCGCAUCUGUAUUUCGUUUGCGAUCGGGUGGGAUUCUGGUGGGCAUAUCUGUGAAGAGAAGCGAAGCGCUACAGGAAGUUCUUCGGGACAACAUCCAGGGCAUCAUCAAGCCAGCUAUUCGUCGUUCGGCUCGUUGUGGAGGUGUGAAGCGUAUCUCCGAUCUCAUUUACGAAGAGACUCGCGGUGUGCUCAAGGUUUUCCUCAAGAACGUGAUCCGCGACGCAGUCACCUACACCGAACACGCCAAGCACAAGACUGUCACCGCUAUGGAUAUCGUCAACGCCCUGAAGCGACAAGGACGUACUUUGUCCUUUUUCGGCGGCUAA